GCGUGAUAAUAAUAUUCCUUCACGACUCCCACCCCCAUUCAUCAAAGCAGAAAAAAAAAAAGAAAAAAAAGCUAUAUAACAACGAGUCUAGUCCACAUUCUCCAUUCACACACAACACACGCGUACGGAAACUAAGCCUGGUGAGAGAUUGACUGAAAGACGGACAGGUGUUGCAUUUUUGUGUAAGAAAUUAAUGGAGAUGGGAGAUAUCCUGCUAUACCUUCUCCUUCUCCUCCCCGCUCUUCUCUCUUAUCUCUUCUUGAGAAAACACAGGAGGAAUUUAGAACAAAGACUUAAGCUUCCUCCAGGUUCAAUGGGUUGGCCUUACAUGGGAGAGACUCUUCAACUCUAUUCUCAGGACCCAAAUGUCUUCUUUGCUACUAAGCAGAAAAGGUACGGGGAGAUAUUCAAGACCCGCAUACUCGGCUGCCCCUGUGUUAUGCUGGCGAGCCCCGAAGCCGCUAGAUUCGUGCUGGUGACAGAAGCUCAGUUGUUCAAACCAACCUACCCAAAAAGCAAGGAGCGUAUGAUCGGGCCGUCUGCUCUGUUCUUUCACCAAGGCGACUACCACAGCCGCAUCAGAAAGUUGGUUCAGGGCUCCUUGACUCCGGAAGCCAUCCGUAAACUUGUUCCCGACAUUGACGCCCUUGCGAUAUCCACAUUGGAGUCAUGGUCCGGCGGCCAUCUUGUGAACACAUUCCAGGAAAUGAAGAAGUUCUCUUUUCAUGUAGGUAUACUAGCUAUCUUUGGCCGCUUAGACGCUUGCUACAAGGAACAGCUAGAGAAGAACUACUGCAUAGUAGACAAAGGCUACAACUGUUUUCCGAUAAACAUUCCGGGAACUGCUUAUCACAAAGCCGUCAUGGCAAGGAAGAGGCUAGGUAAGAUCCUGAGCGAGAUAAUCUGUGAGAGGAAGAGUAAGCAGUUAGUGGAGAAGGAUCUCUUGGGUUGUCUCAUGAACUCCCAAGAUGAAAAGGCAAACGUCCUGACUGAAGAUCAAAUCGCUGAUAACAUCAUCGGAGUGCUGUUCGCAGCUCAAGACACGACAGCAAGUGUCCUUACUUGGAUACUCAAGUACCUCCACGACGACCCAAAACUUUUGGAAGCUGUUAAGGCUGAACAUAAGGCAGUAUACGACUCGAAUGGUCAAGGAAACCAACCCCUGACAUGGGCUCAGACUCGAAACAUGCCACUUACCAAUAGGGUUAUAUUGGAGAGUCUGAGGAUGGCAAGCAUCAUAUCUUUCACAUUCAGAGAAGCAGUGGCUGAUGUGGAAUACAAGGGAUAUCUCAUUCCAAAAGGUUGGAAGGUGAUGCCUUUGUUCAGAAACAUUCAUCACGACCCAAGAUUCUUUCCUGAUCCCCAGAAGCUUGAUGCUUCGAGAUUCGAGGUUGCACCAAAACCAAAUACUUUCAUGCCAUUUGGCAACGGAGUUCAUGCGUGCCCUGGCAAUGAGCUUGCCAAGCUGGAGGCGUAUAUUGUGGUCCACCAUCUGGUCACCAAGUUCAGGUGGGAAGUGGUGGGAUCUCAAAGCGGGAUUCAGUAUAGCCCAUUCCCCGUCCCUCAGCAUGGACUUCCGGCCAAGUUUUGGAAAGAAUCCGGCAGCCAAAGCCAAGGCGACGUACAGGAGAGAACAGAGGCAUUUCCAAAGUCUGAAAGUCCGAAUUAGUCUCAAGUCUGAAGAACCAUGCAUAUGGCAUCUCCUCCGCACCCCAACCCCUUUUGACUUGCUUUAUUUUUGUUUGCAAGUUUUGGCCUCUUAACGGCAUCAUCUCUUAUUGGGAAGAGAAGAUUCCUCUUUUUCUUCUCAUGUUGUUCCUGUUAUCACUUUUUAUUACAAAAGAAGAAGAAUUGUUCUAGCUAGUCAGUCCGUCGGUCUUUCUUUUACUCCACAUCUUUCAACGGUCCCCCCUCUCUCUCCCUUUCUCCGCUGUUAUAACUUGUAAGUAAGAUACUAAGAUGUAAUAAAAGAAGAUUGGCA